GCCCUGGAGCCCGCGCGCCCAGGCGGGCUCGGGGGACUGCGGGCUGGGGACCCCGGGUGACAAAUCCUGCCGCGGUGACCUUUCGCUGAGCAAGUUCCCCUGCGAAAAGCACCUCGCCGCGGCUGUGCCGCGCCUUUCCUCACACGGCGUUUGUCCUGCCACCGCCCACCCUUCCCAGCCUCCCCCCUCCGCGUGUCCCCGGGAAGGCGCUACAGGACGCGGGGUGGCUAUGGCCCUCUGUGCGCAGUCUUUGGAGAUACAGCCAGAACUUUUCGUUCACAUGGCAGCAGCAAACUCUUCUCCACCUGGUUCUUUGGAUGUAAGCCAGCCUGGGUUUGCAAAGGAGAUCCUGGGAACUAAACUGGAGGUCAAAUACCUCUGCUCUGAUUGCAAGAACAUCCUGAGGCGACCGUUCCAGGCACAGUGUGGCCAUCGCUACUGCUCCUAUUGCCUGAAGAAAAUCAUCAGUGCUGGACCUCAAAAGUGUGCCAGCUGUAUCCAGGAAGGAAUAUACGAAGAAGGAAUUUCUAUUUUGGAAACAAGCUCGGCUUUCCCCGACAACGCGGCGCGGCGGGAGGUGGAGAGUCUGCCAGCCAUGUGCAUCAACAGCGGCUGCACCUGGAGGGGCACCAUCAAAGAGUACGAGGCUCAUGAUGAAGUCUGCCCUGAAUUCCCGCUGACUUGCGAAGGCUGUGGGAAGAAGAUUCCCAGGGAGAAGUUUCGGGACCAUGUGAAGACCUGUGGCAGAUCCAAAGUGCCUUGCCGGUUCGAGGCUGUGGGCUGUGCUGAGGUGGUGGAAAAUGAAAAGCUCCUGGAACAUGAAAGCAAGUGUUUGACGGAGCAUCUCUACAUGCUGCUGAGCUCUGUGCUCAGCCUCAGGGCUGGUGCUGGGGACCUGAAACCCCUUCCUGCGCUUUCCUCAUCGCAAAACAACUCCCCACUGCUGGCAGCAAACUCACUGUGCUCAGAGUCAGAGCUGUCUCGGUCCCUGCAGCUCUUAGGAAGGUGUGAGGCCCUGGAGAGGAAAACAGUGACCUUUGAGAACAUUGUCUGUGUGCUGAACCGGGAGGUGGAGAGAGUGUCCCUGACAGCCGAAGCCUACAGCCGCCAGCACCGGCUGGACCAGGAGAAAAUCGAAACACUGAGCAACAAGGUCCGGCAGCUGGAGAGGAGCAUCGGGCUCAAAGACCUGGCCAUGGCUGAGAUGGAGGAGAAGAUCCGCAACAUGGAAGCUUCCACCUAUGACGGGGUCUUCAUCUGGAAGAUAACGGAGUUUGCCAGGAAGCGUCAGGAGGCGAUAACAGGCCGCUCACCUGCCAUCUUCUCUCCAGCUUUCUACACCAGCAAGUACGGCUACAAGAUGUGUCUGCGUGUGUACUUGAACGGGGAUGGCACCGGGCGUGGGACCCACCUGUCCUUGUUUUUUGUGGUGAUGAAGGGACCCAACGACGCGCUGCUGCGGUGGCCCUUCAACCAGAAGGUCACCCUGAUGCUCCUGGACCAGAACAACCGGGAGCACAUCAUCGAUGCCUUCCGCCCCGACGUGACGUCCUCCUCCUUCCAGCGCCCUGUCACGGAGAUGAACAUCGCCAGUGGCUGCCCCCUCUUCUGCCCCGUCUCCGUCAUGGAAGCCAAGAACUCCUACGUGCGUGAUGACGCCAUCUUUAUUAAAGCCAUCGUGGAUCUCACAGGCCUCUAACCCUCCUCACCUUGGAGCAGUGAGCGUGGAGCCAGCCCUGCCCGGGGCAUCCCCCGCUUGUGCUGCACUUCAGGCAGGUCUCAGAGCAAGGAGGGGGCAUGGAGUGGAAGAGAAAAGCCCUUCCUGAAAAGGGACCUUCGCUCUGAAUGGAAACGAGGUGUCUGAUCGGAACCCUCUUCCUGAGGAGAGGUUUGGGUGGACAUUGGCAGGCUGUGGGAUAUGGAAGAUUUCCUGCAGGGACUUGGGUGUCUGAACUGCUGCUCUCUGGGCUCCCAGUGGAAACCAAUGCAGCUCUUGCUCUACCAGUUUAGUGCACAUCCACAGUGCUCUGUAGUAAAACAACAGUUUGCCCUGCCCAAGCUCCACCUCCAGUGGAUUUUGGCUUGGCCGUUUAGGACUUCCUUCCAAGAUCUCCGUGUUCCUGUAAGUUGUGUGCUACUGGGCACUCCACGCUACGGGGCACAGGGAGGGUGUGUGGCAGCUGCGGUGCAAGAGAGACAUGGACUGGUUUGAUGCUGGGUUGAUGCAGUCGGUGUCUUCAGGGGGUGCUGAGCUGCGGGGCAGGGGAGCCCUGAAUCCAGCCCUUGCUGGGAGUGGGAUGGUUGGUGAGUGCUGGGAGUGUGGAAUGGGGCAGGAGGUGUUGCUGCCCAGAAGGGAGCGUGGAAUAACACCAGGGAUGCCCAUAGGGAAAGAGAAGUGAAUCUACCCUGGAGACCGUCCAUCCUGUGCCAGCAGAGGAGCCUGACACAGGGCUCAGCGUGUACCCUGAGAGCCCCAGGUCCUGCCACCCUCUGGGCAGCACUGGGCAGGGUGGGGGCCAGGCUGGGAGCUGUCUUUGCUCACAGGCAGAUGCUCUGUGCUGGCUUCCCUCCCAUCAUGGGGCAGCUGCACGAGCCUUCCCAAGGCUCUUGUCACUGCCAAGCUCCACGUCUGUCUGUGCCUGUGCUGCUGUGUCUGUCUGUCUGGGCACUGUCACCUCUGGCUGUGGCACUGAUGGACGGGACACAUCUCCUGUCUGCCCAUGCAGUGGGCAGUGCUGGCCAGCCCCUGCCCUCCCUCGGGGCCUGCAGCCACCAGCAGCAGCUGUCCCUGCCCAUCGCUGGGCUUGGGAGUCGUGGGCCAGCUGGUUCCUGGUCACAGCACUCUGGAGCUCUUCUUCUGCUCAGCCCCCUUUGAGCCUGCAGCCACCUGGGUAGGACCUGGGGGCUGGAGAAGUCCCUCAGUGAAGUGUGCUGUCCCUUUUCUGUCCCUGGGCUCCUUCCCUCUGGGCAGCACAUAUUCAACACCCAUGAGAAAGUCUCUCUCUCAGUGUUCGUGGGGAAGAACCAGCUGCCACAUCCCUGUGUGGUGCCAGCUGAUCCUUCUGAAACUGUUGUGGGUUCCUGAGCCGGGGUGGACUUGAGGCUUUGUUGCCUUCUCUGCCUGUGCUUCUGGCACCUCUGUCAGUACCCCAGGAGAUGUUUUGUUGGUGGCAGGAACCGGCUGUGAACACCCCUGCAGUCAGUGAUCAGGGGCCCUGGCUGGCUCCUGUGGGCAGCAAGGCUGGAGCAUGGUCACCCUCCUCCAUGGCUGCCUGGAUUGCCCUGAAAGGGAGUGGCAGCUGUGCUGGGCCUGCGGGCUGCGAGGCUGCAGGGGAGGAAUUCCCAAAGCCCCCUGCUGCCAGCAGCUCCUGCCAGGUGCCCAGCCCUGAUGGCUGCAGAGUCCACCCUGCUUGUGGUGUGUUCCCACCUUGGCUCUGGCACAGCCACCCUGGCAGGGCCCAGGACACCAUUAGGUGAGGGGCUGUGACCUGACGGGGAUCCCUGUAGGGUCUGGCUGUGCCCCUACACACUGGCACUGCCCUGACCUGCCCCUGGGGCUGUUUGAGGUGUCCCUGCUGCUGCCCAGGGAGCUUGGUGGCUGAUCUGAACUUCCCACAGCCGUGGCUGCUGUGCUGGCCAGGGGCUCUCCCUGCCUUUGAGCCCCCUUUGGAGUCUUUGUGUAGAACUCAUCACACCUGUGUGUGCAGGGGGCAGGAGAAGGGGGACAGGAGCCUGUGCGGGACAGAAAUGGCAGGGGGAGGAGGCAGGACCCUUCCUUUGUGCAGGUCCCCUCCAGCCUGUCCCACGGGACAUAUCAAGCCCUGUGCUGCUGCUUUCACCCUGUGCCUUAGGGAGGAAAAUCCAGCCCAGCAGAAGCCCUGCUCCCACCCACUGCAGCUCUCUAGGGAGGCUGAGAAAAGCCUGGGAAGGGAGAGGAAGGUCAACUCUUCUCGUUGAGUGGUUGUGAAUAAGGUGUGUUAUGGGGGGGGUGCUUGUUCUGAGUUGAUGUGAAUGUCUUUGCUCUUGAGGUGCUGCCUGCAGCAGGGCUGGGGGCUCCAGCCAGGUAGUGCCAGGAGUGGCUGUGGAAACACUGGCUCAGCUGGGGGAGUCUGGGUGGCUUUCAAGGUGGGAGAUGGUCCCCUCCUGUCCCAGCACGUGCCUGGAAGGUUGGUGGGAGAGUCCGUGCUGUGAGCAAAGCUCAGGCUGAGCCAUUCCAGCCAUGGUGGGGCCAGGGGGUUGCUGCCUGGUGGAAGGGACAUGGCCUGUCAGCCCCUUCCUGGAGCUUUUCCUGGUCGUGCAAGGAUGAGGCUGCAGCCCUGGUGCUGUAGAUGCUGUCUGGGCCUUUUUUGGGUUUUAGCAGCUCUUGAGCUGGCAGUGGGAAUUGUGUCCAUGUGCUGCAGGCAGGGGUCCAGCCCCUUUCUGGGCUCAGCUCUGCCAGCCUGGCCAUCACGUGGACACUGGGCACAAGCCACCGCUGGAUUUUUGUGGGUUUUUUUCCCAUUUUCUCCCUUUUGACCACACCAUCUCAGCCUGGCACUGUGAACUAAGUUGUUGUUUUUUUUUCCUUGAGGAUGUAGUAUGGUCAGAACUACUAAUAAAACCUGUUUGAACAGCA